CGUUCCACUGCGAAGUCAUCGUCCGGCUGUAGCGUUUUUCGAUUUUGCUUUCGCCGAAUGAAUUUCCCCGCAUCUUCGCAUCGCAGUCGGCGGCCAGUCAGCUGUGCUCUGCAUUUGUGUGGCGAACUUGACAUUCACCUGACGAAGCAAGCCGAAAUUUAUUGCGUAUUCACGACCAGUUUCUGCUUCUGUGGUGGCCAACUAGAUCGCAGAUAAUCGAGAAGAAAUUACGCGUCGGUUUGCAUUCCCGAAAGUGGGUAAUAAUUUGAUAAUUAGGUGUAGAAUAGGGACAAACCGUUAUCGUCGGAAGAGUGUGACGAAGAGAACCAGUGCCGCAGCCGCCGAAAUGUUCAACAUUAACGAUCUGCCAUUCGAGAUACUGUGCGAUGUGUUUGACUAUUUGACGCUUGAUGGCAUAAAAACCGCUGCUCUCGUGUGUCAGCGAUGGCAUCAGAUAAUUUUCUCCGAACUGUACAUCAAACGCUUCAAGUUGGUCAUCAAUCUGAACGAAUUGCUACCUCAGUUGAAAAAGAUGCUCCAGACGCUGGAGCAAUCCGACCGGGAAUACAACAGCAUUAUCCUGAAGGUCAAUCUUGGCAGUCCGCUGACCGAAGCUCGUCUCAAGAUUCUUAAAUUCGUCAUUCGAAUGAUUGCGCAGUACUCGGAGUCCCUGUACUUCAACAUGGCUGACUUACGCCUGGAAUCUUGCGUUUCCGAGCGAUUGCUUCGCAGCCGAAAGCUUCAGUUGAUCGAUACUCGCGCCAAGUACAUCCCUCUUGGGAUGGGCCUGAAAGAGUCAAUGCUUGCUGCGAUUUGCGAGUUCGCUCCGGAUCUAGUAGACCUCGUUAUCGCCGAGAUGAACAUCAGCAACCCAAAAGCCCUGGAAAAGCUAUCUUCUCUGACGCAACUCAAGCUUCUUCUCAUCAGUGACUACUAUCCCUACGGCAAACCGCUAGUCCCGCCCAUCAUCCUUCCAAACCUGGAAAACCUCUCGCUCAUCAACGUGACCGACGAUGCCAACUACUUCUUCAAGGCAGACAACCUGAAGCGAUUCUUCAUUCACACCAACGGGACGGACGCCGCCAAAACGAUGCAAUCGGCAGCAGACAAUGUGAGCAGCGAUGUCAACCGACUCUGCGUGCACUUCAGCGCCCGAUCCAUCCUUGCGGAUCAGAUUUUCGAGCACUUGCAACGCUUUCCGCAUGUAACGGCGUUCGAAUUGGGCGGAGUGGCCGUACCGGCAGACGCACUGAAGUCGCAAAAUCCAAGCAACCGGUUGCACAAGCUUAUAUUCGUGCAGUGUCACAUGGAAACCCUCUUUUUGGUGGGACUACAGGAGAAAUUUCGAUUCCUCCGACAAUUGGUGUUCGAUUCGUGCUUUCUGUUCCAGCCAAACGAGGGAUUCCGGAGGAUCGAGUACCACGAUUUGGAACCGCUGAGGCGUGCGAUGCCCAGCUGCCAGGUGAUGCUGGAUUAUGAUUAGGUAGUGCUAGGUGCAUGAUUCGUUCAUAGGAGAUUUAAUGAUCAUAACAUAAUUUUUUUUAUUAAUUUGUUAGAUACAAGUCGAAUGGAAGAAAGAUUUUAAGAGUAAAUGAAAUAUAAAAAAAAUGUCAGCCCGUUCAAAAA